UACUAAUAUUUAAUUGUGGGGUUAUUAAUUUUGUGGAAAAUCCAAACCAGAAUUUCUAAAAACAUUAGUUUUCCAUAAAAUUAAUAACACCAUAAUUAAAUAUUAAUAUAUACAUAUACAGAUAUAUAUAUUUUUAGAAUCUCAAUGGAAGUGUUCACGACAUGUUUGUGGAGGUUCUUGGGACGAGGUUAUUACCGUAAUAUAAUAACCGUUUCUUAACUUUAACUAAAAAAAUUUAAGAACCUUCUCUUAAAAUUCUUAUUUAAGAGUCGGUUCUUAGUAUUUUUUUAGUUAAAAGUUAAGAGACGGUUCUUAUAUUACGCUAAAAACUCUACCCUAAGAACUCCCCGAUAAACAUACCCUUCAUCAAUAUAAAAUAUUAUAUUUCCCUAAUUAUAAUGUCUAAAUCACCUUAUUUAACCGCUGUAUAAUGCAAGUAAAUCAGUAGGAUAUUCUGCAAUAAUCAACUAGCUCGGAAAGAACAACUAAGCUUUCCAUCAUCAUUUAGGGCAUUAAAGAAGAUCACACUACAAAAAUUAUGUAUAAUUAAACUCGUUAUUUAUUUAUUUGCUAUAUAUUUAAGCUCUUAUAAAAGCUAUCUCACGUUUCUUAAAUCUUCUUUCUCAGUUCACAAUUUUCACAAAGGGUGUAUAAACAUGUACCAAGAAACUCAGCAGCUUUAUCAGCUGUGGAGACUUGCUGUCCAAGAAAGAGACGAAGCAAGAGAGCAACUGAUGCAUUCACUCGCCGAACUCUCUCAGUUACGGGAGCUCCUCAACACUGUACUGUUGUCUAAAGAAAAAAUACGCAGUUACUACCUAGAAGCCGCAGAUGAAUCUACCGGUCGUCAAAGCUAUAGUUACAAUCUUUUUCCCGGCGAAUCUCCGUCGAACUUUAGUGUGAAUUCAUGUCCGUUGGAUCUCAGCGUUCUGUCGAAUCAGAUGCGUUUUGUGGUUGAGAAUAUGAGAGAUUACGAAACCGUUGUGCUGGAGAUGAUCGGAGGAGUGUUGCCGGAAAACGGUAAGUUUUUGCUAGCUGUUAGUGAAGCUGGAUCGUUGGUUGAGUCAUUGUUCGUAGCCGGUCCGGUUCCGAAAUGGAUAAAUCCUCCGGUUCUAAGUAGUCAUAUCACUGGGAAUUGGAAUUACGGUGGUUUGGAGUUUGGUUCGGGUUUCCAAAACCGGUGUCACGCUUCAGUUUGAUGUCCGCAUGAAAUUUAUUCGGUUCGGUUACAUGUAAUGUUCUAAAUUAUUUUGUCGAUAAAGAUAUUAUUUGAUCCAAUCAAAUAUUAAAGUUAUCGUUUAUUUUAUUUUAUUUUAUUUAUCUAGUUAAUUCAUAAAUCAUAAUACACCUUCAAAAAUCAAUGAGAUCAUAUCCUCUAACCCUGAAAUGUUGACAGGCUAAAUGAAGUUAUCAAUUAGUUAAUUUACCCAUUUAAUAUAGAUUAAAAUUAUUUCAAACCGACUUUCUAGUCAUAACUG